CUAUUUUCGAUCACCUGAAAGGAUUUGAAUUAAGCUACUUGACACCAUCCUCUCUUUCUCUCAACGAUUUCAAAUCCAACUUCUUUGACAACCUGUGACUUUUAGAAACGUGAAUUUUUAUAUUCUUAAAAUUACGCCGGCUGUCGUUAAGAAAUUUAAUCAACAAAAACAAAUUCAACCACCUUGUGAAAUAAUUAGACAGAGCAGAAGGAUUUUAAAACUUUAUCUAAUUGUUAUUUUAAUAUUGAUUUCUAAAAGAGAAAGAUGACUUCACUUAAAAGAAAAUACAGCACUAGGUUGUCUAAGGGUAAAAUAAACACCGAAAGUACAUUUAAAGCUCCUCAUUUAUCCGAAGCUGUCUUAAAUCGCGUGAAGAAACGUCCACGAAUUCAGCUGGGAGAUACUACAAAUGGAACCAAGUUUGAAAGACCCAAAUGGAAGAAUACUUUGCAAAGAAGAGUAACUGGAAGUUUUCGAAAGCAGGUUCUCAAACAGAUGGUUGACUAUUCAUGGGCUGGUCCGGUGCCAGACAGCUUCGACUAUUCAGCAGCAACUAUGGAGACAUGUGCACCAACUACGGGAGGCCCUUCUCUGAGACGACGGUCCAUGCCAGCAACUGAUAGGCCAGUGGUUAAACCAAAAACAAGGAAAUCUCUUGUUGGUGUCAUUAAGGACACUGACUUGCAACAGAAAAUUGAUCAUGAAAUCAAAAUGAGAGAAGGGACCACCAAACUAUUGGCUGCAGCCAAAAACCCAAGCCAGAAGCUGGAAGCAUCAAAGAAUCUGAUUACAACUAACUCUCGUAUCAUCAAUUACAUGAGGGAGCUACAGCGACGCACCACUGCUGAAGUAAUGGGGAAAACUAUGUGCGUUGAAGGCAAUCAAACCCCUUGUAAAAGCCAGGUGAGCGUUUCAGAUAUCAGAAUUCCUCUCAUGUGGAAAGAUACAGAUCAUUUCAAAAACAAGGGAGAUCAUCGUCGUUAUGCUGUGUUUUGUUUGGUUAAAACUGGGAGCGAGAUAUACGAUACCAGCUUGAUAUCAAAUGUUGACCGUAGCAUGACAGAUAUAUCAUUUGACGAUGUCAUUGUAUUUGACAAUGUCCCUUGUAACUUUGAAUGUACCCUCGAGGUCUACUGUCACAAAUUACACGAGGACCUCACCAUUGCUAGCACACCAAAGAAGAUCAGAAAGAAGUUUAAUGAUUUCUCAGGCUCUGUCGGACGAAACGUUGGCAAAAGGUUAUCUGGAUUGAGUGAUGCUGACAUAAUCGGUAACAUGGUGCUGGGCCCAAAGUUUGAUUUGGUUACCACCAGUACCUUGUCCCUUUCUGAUGCAGAUGACACCGUACGAACAUACGACUUAACCAUGGAACCUACAGCAGAUGGCAAUAUCUAUGAAUUACCGUUUUUUGGUCACUACUGCUGUCGGUUGGCUGUGUUACCACAUUGCUUAACAAGGCCUGCAAUGACUGGUCACCUCAAUCUAUUGGUGGAUAGAGAAAGGAACAAACAGAAGCGCUACUGGUGUGUACUGAAGAAUUUGGAGCUGGCCUGCUUUGCUUCACCUCAGGAUGAGAAAACUGCACGACCUCAUCUCUGUAUCCCUGUAACAAAAAAUACUCAGGUGUCUGAUGCUGAUCCACGCAUAUUCCAAAAUCCUCACACAUUCCAUGUUACAACCAAGACCGACAUAAGCGUGUCCGAUCAUGUACUCUCUGCAGACAGCAAGCAUGACUUUGAGAAUUGGUGGGAUGGUUUCCAGCAACACCUGCUCGAUCAAGCUGCAUGGAAACAUGCUACAGAACAGAUGAUGUUGGUCCGGAAGGCAUCACCAUUAAAUCUCCCAUUAUUCUUGCGUAAGAGCUCCCUCUAUGAUGACACACCCAUUGAAGACCCUGAGCUGUUGGUUUUUGGUUUUGGUAAGGCAGACUACGGUACCCCGGCGAAAGUAGGUGCGGUUGCUUAUAUCACAGAGAACAUGAGGCAUGAACCACCGUCUUCAUAUUACCGUCUUUAUAUUUGUGUAACAUUUCUGCUUCGAAGCUGUAUUCAGAAGCGUCAGAAGCUACAACAAUCUCCGCUGCAGGAUCGAAAUGAGCCAGCGUCAAAUCCGACAUCAAUAUUUUUCUAA